ACGAGCUCACUUUGCGACACGUUUAAACGAACUGAUGCCGUUAGCUUGUUGUUAGCAAGCAGGCUCCGGCCCGAUGUUAUUUUUGUAAUUGUAGAAUUAGACAGCCUUAUUAUAACAUAAUCAGGACGAUUAACAUGGAGAAUGUAGCUCGUAAUGCAGAAUCUUCUAAAUCCAGUGACAAGAAAACGGAGACAGAAAAAAAGAAGAGGUCCCGUGUCAAACAGCUUCUUGGAGAUGUAAAAAAGCAAGUGGAGUUCUGGUUCGGAGAUGUCAACCUUCACAAGGACCGUUUUCUGAAAAAGCUCAUUGAUGAGUCUAAUGAUGGAUACGUUGAUCUAUCGGUGUUGACAAGCUUCAGCCGCAUGCAGAAGCUGACAACUGAUACCAAACUGAUUGCAAGAGCACUGAAAAAUUCAUCUGUAGUUGAGAUUAACCUCGAAGGAACUAAAGUAAGACGUCAAUAUCCAAUUGGAGAUCCACCAAAGAAUGUUGAUAGCCGGACGGUCUAUGUGGAACUUUUGCCCAAGGAUGUGACGCACAGCUGGAUAGAAAGGGUGUUCUCCAAAUGUGGGAAUGUGGUGUACGUUAGCAUUCCCAGAUACAAGGCCUCUCAGGACUCAAAAGGGUUUGCCUUUGUCGAGUUUGAGAAAGAGGAGGAAGCACAGCAAGCCAUUGAGAUUCUGAACAACCCUCCAGAAGACGCUCCCAGGAAACCAGGGAUUUUUCCCAAGACGUUAAGCGGGAAACAAAUUCCGUUUCCUACUGUAAAUCCAGCAUCAGGUGAAGAGGAGAAGAAAAAACGAAAGAAGAAGAAAAAGAAGGACGCCGCUUCUGUACGGGCUCCUGCAGAAGUUAAAGAACCAGCGAAGGAAGCAGCGCCAUCUGGGCUAAAGAGGAAACACCCAGAAGCCGGGGGAUCGGACCCGGACGUAGCGACUGCCAAGAAGGCGUCAGGCAAACUGUCCGAGAAAAAACGGCGACGGUCGCAGACAGCAGAGGCAGCAGACAGUCACGUACCCUCCAAGAUUAGAAAAACCAGUGAAAGUCACUCUGCAGACCAGGAGAAAGACAGAGCACAUAUUUCAGCCGUGAAAAGUGAGACAGAGAGAGAUGCUGAAAAAGAGAAAGAAAAUGGAGAUGAUUCGUUGGUUAAGGCAAAGAGGAAGAGAAAGAAGAAACACAAGGAGAAACUCAAAAUCGGGGAAGAAGUCAUCCCACUCCGUGUUUUAUCAAAGAAGGAAUGGAUUCAGCUGAAGGAUGAGUACCUAACCCUACAGAAGCGGAGCAUGGCGUCCCUGAAGAAGUGCAUCAACAAAAUGGAUCACAAGAAACGGGACAAUAGUCAAGAUAGAAAUAUUGAGAUGGCUGGAAAACAGGAAAAAGAAACCAACCAGGGACCACAGUUUGUCAGCGGGGUCAUAGUGAAGAUUACAGACAGCAAGCCCUUACCAGUCAGGAGGAUUCUUAAAGAAUCCCUGUGUAAAAUAUCACCAGUGGCCUACAUUGACAUCCUAGAAGGAGAUGCCGAGGGUCACAUCCGUUUUCACACCCCAGAGGAAGCCAAAGCCAUCUGUGACGUGAAAGCACAGCUACAGAAAGAGCACGGCUGGAAACUGGAGGUCCUAAAAGGUGACCAUGAACAGCGGUACUGGCAGAAAAUCUUGGUGGACCGACAGGUCAAGCUGAACCGCCCCCGAGAGAAGAAGCGGGGCACAGAGAAGCUCAUCUCCAAAGCGGAGAAAAUCAUCAUCGCCCGAGCAAAGGAGGCUAAUAAGCACAUCCGUUUCGACGAGGACUAAUGAAGACGCAGAUGUAAAAACCUCCACAGACUUAAACAUGAAGGGGGGUGACAGGACGGCUGGUGUCAGUGUGUACCUCCUGCAAGGGAAUCAACUUUAGUAACCUUUGUGUUUGUGCCCUGAAGCCUCUAAGACAAAGUGGAAUGCUGCUGUGCUUGGAGAGGAUUUAGUUGUAUUGCUUUUGAUUGAUGGCCUUUUUAAAAAUCAAUCCUUUAUAGAUGUAAAUAUACGUGCUCUGAAAGUCUCCCAGGAAGACAUGGAGGGCUCAACACCUUUAUUGUUUUUUUUAAUAAAAAUCUAAUUUCCUGA